GUUCGCCGGAAAACAAGCAGAGGACUAAGUUCCGGCGAUUCUGGGGCUCGAGAUCCUUAUUUUGGCCUGAAAUUUCGUCGGAAAGAAUAAAGCUUCCAUAAAUGCGAUAUUGAAAUCAAGUAAUGACAACUUCGGAGAAAAGUGGCUCUGUCUGGAGCCUGUUGCCAUGGCGCGUAGGGUUUCGAAUGAUUCUAGGGUUUUGGAUGGUGCUUUUUUGUGUGGCCAUUGAGGAAGCGAGUGCAGAGGAGGUGAAGUACAGGAAUGCUUAUGCUUCGAUGAUGUAUAUGGGGACGCCAAGAGACUAUGAGUUCUAUGUGGCGCUUAGGGUUAUGCUGAGGUCUCUGAAACAGCUCGAAGUGGAGGCGGAUCUCGUGGUUAUAGCGUCUAAAGAUGUUCCUUUUCGAUGGAUCGAUGACAUGAGAGUAGAAGAUGGAGCAAAGGUGGUAGUUGUUGAAAAUGUUGAUAAUCCAUACAAGUACCAGGCCAACUUCAAUCGCCGGUUCAUGCUGACCUUGAAUAAGUUGUACGCUUGGAGCCUUAUUGAUUAUGACCGUGUUGUCAUGUUGGAUUCUGACAAUCUAUUUCUCCAAAAGACCGAUGAGCUUUUCCAGUGUGGUCAAUUUUGUGCAGUUUUCAUCAACCCAUGCAUCUUCCACACAGGUCUCUUCGUAUUACAGCCAUCAAUGGAGGUGUUUAAAGACAUGAUGCAUGAACUGGAGAAUGGUCGAAAGAAUUCAGAUGGUGCAGAUCAAGGUUUCCUCGUGAGCUACUUCCCGGACCUGCUUGACCGCCCCAUGUUUCAUCCACCAGCAAAUGGCACCAAACUCAAUGGCUACUACCGCCUGCCUUUGGGCUACCAGAUGGAUGCUUCCUACUACUAUCUGAAACUACGGUGGAGCAUACCAUGUGGGCCAAAUAGUGUAAUCACAUUCCCAAGUGCACUUUGGUUAAAGCCGUGGUAUUGGUGGUCAUGGCCUGUACUGCCCUUGGGCCUUGCUUGGCAUGAGCAACGCCGCCAUACACUAGGGUAUGGAACUGAGGUGCCAGUGGUGCUGAUCCAAUCUGCCAUGUAUCUUCUUGCCAUGUGGGUAUCCCGCCUCGCCCGCCCCACCUUCUCAAAACUAUGCUACCGACGCCCUGAUAAGAAUUUCUCUCUCCUCCAUACUGGCCUCAAAACGGCAGCAAUGUGGUCAGUUCUGGCCUCCUACAUUGUGCCCUUCUUCUUGGCACCACGAACCAUUCACCCAGCUCUAGGAUGGUCCCUUUACUUGCUUGGCUCUUCCUCUCUCCUCAUAGUGGUGGCCAAUGCCUUCUUAUUACCAGCCUUGGCCUUGCUCACUCCAUGGCUUCUUGUCGUGGGAGCUCUUGGCGUGAUGGCAUUUCCAUAUUACCCUGAUGGGGUGGUGAGGGCUUUGAUGGUGUUUGGUUAUGGGUGUUUUUGUGCUCCUUUUAUUUGGAUGUCGCUACUUAGGGUUGUGGCAUCAGUGCAGACCUCACUCGACCGCGAGGCCCUGUUCCCGAAGCUUGGCGAGUCAGCACAGACACCGGAGUGCACAAAAUUGUACUAAGGCCUUGUCAUUUGGGUUGAGCAUGAGCGGUAUGGAAGUAGAUCAUUUUGUUGCAGAGAGAGAGAGAGAGCCCUCAUCUUUAUGAGUUGCAUGCCUGUGUGGGUACUGGAUUUUCAUGUCGAUGAGUUGCAUGUGCAGGUACAAAUGGGGUCUGUAUGUGUGGGUGUGUUGGGUGGUGGGAGGGGAGAGAGAGGCUGGUUGUGCUUGUGAGGCUCAUGCUUUCUCAUGCGGAUGAAUUGCAGGCGAGAGAUGAGGGCCUCAAUUUUUUUGCUCAGUAUAGGCACGCCAUUUUUGAAAAUCCAAUGAAGUGAUUAAAGUCAUAUUUGGGGAUCAUUGAUGAAUAUUUGUUGUAUAAAUCAAAUUAUUGAUCUCUAAUGGCCGUUCCCGCAGAUUUUCAGAUAAUGUGUCGAAUUAUUAUGUACCACUGAUGAAUGAUAUUUCCAUGGAGAUUACCAUUCUUAA